UUAGCGCCCGUGUUUUGUUCAAAGUCCCUAACUAUGAUCAUACCCCCACACCAUACUUGGCAAACUCGCACACGUCGCCUCUAUACCGAUUCUGACGUGAGAGCACUGGUAUCGUGCCCGCCUUGUACCCCUACCCCCACAUCAUACUUGACAAACUCGCACGAGUAUAACGCAUCGCCACUAUAACGACUCUGACGUGAGAGCUGUGCGCUACUUGCCUCGAGUUAUAAACCUCGCAGUGAAGGCCUGCAUCGUCCAACUACUCGAUUUUGAUUCACCCCACCCCCACACCACACCACGCCAUGUUAUCCGAUACCACCAAAACCGAUAUCAACUCUCUCCCUGCUGCAUUCGACCUCCUCCGCCGGGACCGGCACACCUGUAAACGCCAAUGGAUGUGCACUUCCUGGGAGCUGGAGCUGGAGCUGUCCGUGAUCCAACAAACAAGUAUCCUAGAAAUCACGCUCGAUGCGCAAGAGCAGCAUAAUCGUGACCUCGUCGAGUUCUUGCGGUGCUCUCGUUCGUCUAGUAUACCGUAUUGGAAGCACCACAUGCCAACACCGUAUUGGAAGCAUCACAUGCCAACACCGUAUUUAAAGCUACCCAUGCCUGAAGCUUCUGAUUAUAUAUCUAUUCCGAUGUACACCCAGCCUAGUCCGCCUCCUCCAGGACGAAAGAGGGCGUUAUUGAUUGGAAUUAAUUACAUAGGCCAACGCUGUGAACUAAGAGGAUGCAAUAACGACAUCCGUCAUAUCUUACCAUGCCUUAUUAAUCAAUGGGGAUACGAUCCGCGGGAUAUUGUACAAUUGACUGAUGAUGGGAAUGGCCCGUUGCCGACUAAACAUAAUAUUUUAGUUGAGAUGCAUCGUUUGGCGUUUUAUGCGAGGGCUGGGGACUCUAUGUUCUUCCAUUUUUCAGGGCAUGGGAGCCAAGUCCGCGACCUUGAUGGUGAUGAAGUUGAUGGUUAUGAUGAAGUUAUAUGUCCAGUCGACUAUCAACAGUCGGGUGUGAUUAACGACGAUGAAAUACAUGAUAUCAUGGUGAAGCCACUUCCAGCUGGCUCACGGUUGACGGCGCUUUUUGAUUCAUGCCAUUCUGGCACGGUGCUCGAUUUGCCUUACCUCUAUGACUCCGGACAGCGCAGGUUCGUCUAUGGCGUUACACCAGAUGCUCGCACCAGGAAACACUCCCAGGCACAAGUUGUUUGUUUCUCGGGUUGUGGCGAUUCAGAAGAGAGCGAAAGCGUGACGCUGCCUGAUCAGCCUAUAGGCGGACUUAUGACUUUUGCUUUCAAACAUGUUUUCUCUUGUACGGGGAGUCUGACUUUCCAAAGUAGAUUCGAACAGAUCUGUGCGUUCGUACGUACAACCUUGCCAGACGCCAGACAACAACCCCAAUUCUCCUGCUCAAAUCCUCUCGAUACAACGUUGCCUUUCUAUAUUUGAAAUUUGAACGGCCUGGAGACGGGAUUAGGUCGUAAUCACUCCUUAUACGUUAACAUGA